AUGUGCCGGCUGCAGUCGUGGAGUCAAAUCCUCCUGCCAGUAUUCUUCUCCCUCUUUCUCAUCCAACUGUUUAUCAGCUCCUCAGAGAAUAGUUUUUCCCAAGUCUCCAGACACAAGAACAAGCACAGACCAAAAUCUGGAAAGGAAGAAAAAUGUACUGUGUGGAAAAAUUGUCAAUUGUGCACAGAAAAUAAUAAAUGUUUUUGGUGCAGUGAAGAAAGGGCUUGCAGAAAAAUUUGUUUUCCAUAUUUCGGGUGUCAUUUCAGUUCUAUGUUUUGGUUGAACUGUCACGUUGACAUGUUUGGAUUCCUGAUGCUUCUACUCAUUGCAAUAUUGAUUAUAGUGUUCAUUUGUCAGUGCUUCAUCUAUCAAUAUUACCUGCAGACAACUCAAGUCUAUAUUGCUGGAAGACCACACACAAUUUACAUUCCUCGUGGGACUGCUCCUGUAUAUAAUGAAUAGAUAACUGAAAAGCUAGAUCGUCCAGAGAGAAAAGAAGGAAGUUUCUUCAAUGAUACUGGUAAGAACACUUCAAAGACGUGAAUGGGAUUAAUUCAGGGCUGUUGCUCCUGACAGAUAAGCCAGUCUA